AUGUCGAUGGACGCUCUUCGACUCGAGGACCUAUAUAUUACUGAUCCGAACCAGCGACGCUACUGGUACACAUUCUUUAGCGAGCAAACAGACUCGGCAGAGGCACGCCUUCUCGCCUGGUCAUCAGUUACUGGCCUCGAACGGGGAGAACUAGACGUUAGCAAUAAAUCCUGCCCCAUCUCUCGUUCCGUUAUCUUGCGCGGUGAAAUGAUUCUAUCCCUCCAGCGAGCAGAAUGGGCGAUGUUCCCUGACGAAGAAACAAUCAAGGUACUGGGAGCAAACCUUCUGAAAAACGGCGAACGCGCAACGGAUGACCGCCUCAACUGGGAGACGAUUUUCCCGAUCCAGCCGGAAUAUACAUACACCCUUUACUUCAACCCGGAUGUUAUCAACAUCCAGUCGGUUCGUGGGCCUUGCAAGUCGGGAGAAACGUUAAUUACAAGCUCAGUUCACCCCGCACUGACCCUCGCCUCCAUCACUCGAUUCACUCUUGCCCGUCUCAGGAAGAAAAAUCUUUCGAAGAUAUGCUCUGCGGUUCUGGAAAGCAACAAAAUAUAUCUUACCACACUUCUUCGGAGGUCGUUCAUUGAGCAGGACAUGACGCUUCAUCGACCGGUUCCCAGUGACAUUAUGGAUGACGUUGAAUAUGGUACUCCGGAGAAACCAACCCGUUGCCAUUUAACCUAUUAG